AUGCAUUUUGAGGAGGCAAUAAAGCAUGACAAAUGGAGGAUAGCUAUGGACACAGAGAUGAAGGCUAUAGAGAGAAACAACACAUGGGAACUCACUAAUUUGCCUACAGGUGCAAAGAAGAUUGGAGUAAAGUGGGUCUAUAAGACCAAACUCAAGGAGAAUGGAGAAGUGGACAAGUUCAAGGCUCGUUUGGUGGCCAAGGGGUAUGUGCAACAACAAGGGAUAGACUACACAGAAGUGUUUGCACCGGUUGCAAGAAUGGAUACAAUGAGAAUGAUUGUGGCUCUAGCAGCUCAGAAAGGAUGGACUCUCUACCAACUUGAUGUGAAAUCCGCAUUUCUACAUGGGGAGCUUAAUGAAGAAGUGUACGUGGAGCAGCCUAAGGGUUAUGAGCUGAAGAAUAAUUCUCAGAAAGUAUACAGGUUGAAGAAAGCCCUCUAUGGACUAAAACAAGCCCCACGAGCUUGGUUUAGUCACAUUGAAGCACAUUUCAUAAGUGAAGGGUUCAAGAAGUGUUAUAGUGAGCAUACUUUGUUCAUUAAAACAAAUAAGGGAGGUAAGAUUCUCAUUGUCAGCUUAUAUGUAGAUGAUUUAAUAUUUACAGGCAAUGAUGAAUUGAUGUUUGCUGAGUUUAAGAAUUCCAUGUUGAGGGAAUUUGAUAUGACUGAUUUGGGGAGAAUGAGGUUUUUCCUUGGCAUAGAAGUAUUGCAGAGGUCAGAUGGAAUUUAUAUUUGCCAAAGAAAGUAUGCUUUGGAGGUGUUAAAGAGGUUUAAGAUGGAAAAUAACAACUCAGUUCAUAAUCCCAUUUUUCCAGGUUGUAAACUUUUUAAAGAUGAGAAUGGGGUUGGUGUUGAUGAGACUUUUUUUAAACAAAUGGUGGGAUGUCUCAUGUACUUAAUAGCUACGAGGCCGGACUUGAUGUUUGCAGUAAGCUUGAUCAGCAGGUACAUGGCUAAACCAACUGAGUUGCACUUGCUGGCAGCCAAGAGGAUAUUAAGGUACUUGAAAGGAACCAUUGGACUUGGAGUUUUUUACAAGAAGGGAGGGAGUGAAGGUCUGGUUGGUUAUACAGAUAGCGACUAUGCAGGAGAUCUAGAAGACAGGAAAAGCACAUCAGGCUCUGUCUUCAUGUUGGGAUCUGCAGCUGUUGCUUGGUCUUCUAGAAAACAACCUAUAGUCACACUUUCAACCACUGAAACAGAGUUCGUGGUUGCAGCAGCUUGUGCUAGCCAAGCUGUUUGGAUGAAGAGGAUACUUGAGAAACUGAGUCUGGAGGAACGUAAGUGUACUACAAUUUUUUGUGAUAAUAGUUCUACAAUUAAACUAUCAAAAAACCCUGUGUUACAUGGUCGAAGCAAGCACAUCGACGUGCGCUUUCAUUUCCUUCGUGAUCUCACACGAGAAGGAACAAUUGAGUUGGUUUAUUGUGGAACACAAGAUCAAUUGGCAGACGUGAUGACAAAGCCCUGCACAUUGGAUGCGUUUCAGAGGUUUCGAAGUCAGCUAGGAGUUUGCCAAGUUCCUGAAUUAAACUAG